UGUGCACUGCAGUUACUGGUCUAGACGCGCGUGUGUGGUUCCGUGUCCAGGCCUUCCCUCUAAACGUUACGACGUGCUCAACCGAAACCGCGAACACGCCGUUUAUAGUUAUCCUUCCGUCUUAUUCUUAUUGUUGGUUAAACUUGUUCUCAUUAUCGUCCCUUGGUACCGAUCCACCAGCAGCAAAAGUCUUGCUGGGUGCUUAAAGUUAAGUAUUUUAACUAAAACGUGGAUCACGGAACCCUUGUCAAACGACAGUGCAAGACAGUGUUGGUGAUUUAUGGUGGUUUAACAAGACUAGUGGUAGGAAAAGUUUGAACUGGAUUUAUCGGAUCGUAUGAUGUCUGAGUUAUCAGCAAUAGUUGAUAAUAAUAAUAAUAGCAAUAGAUUGAAUUGAAUGAGGAUUGUUGUUCGAAAUAAGUCAUCAAACUUGGUGGUUAGCCGACGGGCAAUUAUCGCUAAUGAUCAAAGUCUUAAUGAUAGUUAUUUAUAAUAUCUGUGCCGUUGUUCAUCACGGAUUUUAUUAAUUUUUCGGGGCUUGUUAGCUCAUCAGUGUUUUUGUACAUCAAGUGUUUUUGGAAUAGUGUUUUAUUAGCUUGUUUAUUUUAUCAGCAUACGGAUUUCAACAAUAGAUAUAUUUUAAAAAUUAAUAUGAAGAUUAUUUAUUAUUUAGUGUCUGGUAGCAUGACAAGCUGACGCUAGUGUACCGAGUGUCCGAUUAAUUUGAUCGGUGAGUUAUAUUUAAAGAUAACUCAGGUGUGUAGUGGACGUGUUGGCACAUUUAAAUAUUCAUUUGUGCGGAUGGUGUCGCGAGUGUCUAGUGACAUUAACGUCAAGUGGUUGGCUAUCCAGGAAUAAAGCAUCAGCAACACACCAAACGAAAACGUACUAUUUUUACUAGAGUGUACAGAGUGCUCGAGAUCAUCAACAAGGGCACUAGUGUCGUAAUGUCAUAAUCUGGUCAGGAUUGAUCAGUAGAAAAUAAAUAAUUUGGUAAAUUAUCCCUGAGUUGAGCCGACGCGAAAGCAUCGGCAAGCUCCAAGAUUCGGGCUCCGUGCGGCUUUCGAGUCGCCGCGACGUCGGCUGGAGCCGCGUACGGCCUCGACGUUGCUAUUAAGGUGGAUCGUCCGGGCAGCACGACGACGCUCAACUUUACGGACCUGGGGAGCCCAUUCGGGGCGGGCGACCCCUGUCCGUCGAGCACCCCGACCCCGAACAGUAUGUCGGGCGGACCCGCGUCGGGUGCUGGUGCUGGUGGAGGAUCCGCCGGUGCUGGGGGAAACUCCGACAUGGACCAGCAUCUACACCACGGCGGCUUGGGCUCCGUGACCCCUGGACCACCAGGAAACGGUGGUGACAGUGCCUCAAGCACUCCGGUAUCACAGUCUGGCAAGAGUGCAUUCAUCGAACUCCAGCACAACAAUCUUUACAACCCCGCGAGCCUCAGGGGUGGCUACCCCGGUGGACACAAUGUCUCUUCAGGCCACCAGUUCUCACACCAAGUCAGCUCACUGGGCCACCAGAGUUCGGGUCCCGGUAGUGGGAACCAGCAGCACUCCGAUGCAGGUUUUCCCAGUCCCAGAUCUGCGUUAGCUGGUUAUCCUUUUGCUCCAAUGCAUCAGCACAAUGCCUAUGGAUAUCAUUUGAGUUCUUACGCACCACAAUGUCCCUCACCGCCCAAGGACGGUGAGUACCCAAACUGGUGGUGUAUGUUCACAGACCUCUCGCCAUUGGGUGACAAGGGCGGCAGUCUAGUGGAUGAACUGGGCGGAGGUGGCGGCGGAUCCCUCAGAAAUGGCAAGGGCAAGAAAAUGCGAAAGCCGAGGACCAUCUACAGCAGCUUGCAGCUCCAGCAGCUGAACAGGCGGUUCCAGAGGACGCAGUACCUCGCGUUACCUGAGCGAGCCGAAUUGGCCGCCAGCUUGGGGUUGACGCAGACACAGGUGAAAAUCUGGUUCCAAAACAGGAGGAGUAAGUACAAGAAGAUGAUGAAGGCUGCGCAGCAGGGCGGCGGCGGGCCUGGACAGCAUGGCAAUCUCUUGGCUGGUGGUCCAUCACCUCAACCUGGACAACCUGGAGGUCUUAUGCAAGGCGGUGGAGGUAGUUCAGUGUCCGGAAGUCCAACGACAGGUUACCUGGGCGGAAUAGGACCAGGGGGAGGCGAGAACACCCCGGGGAGUUCAUCACCCGGAAGCGAAAUGUCGCCUCAGCACAACGAGAGCCCGCCAGCGUCAGCCUGGGCCACAGAGAUGAAACACCAUCCGCACUCCCACGCUCCGCCACACACUCACCAUCACCCUCACACGCCUGGGCACCAUCCACCCCCGCCACCGCCCCCACCUCAUCAUGGAGGAUACAUGCCUCAGUAUUCGUGGUACCAAACUGACCCCAACCCUGCUGCAUUACUCACGUGAGUACGGGUCUGGCCUGCAGUGUAACGAAGACAAUGGGAACUAUAGAGUCCAAAUAAUUAACCAAGGACUUGAACAUCCAGCCCGUGAGACCUGAGGUCCUUGCAGAUCCCGCUGCCCUAAAAAAAAAAUCAUAGAAAGGUGCGAAACGUUUGGAAAGACGUAAGCCGUCGACGAAAUGGUGCCGAGCGCUCGACCAUCACAUGUAAAUAAAUAAAUAAAUAAAUUAAUUAAUUUAUUGAUUGACAUGUCAACGCGGAAAUAAUAACGAUAAAGUAAUUUAUAAAUUUAAUUAUAAACAAAAAUAAAUCCACUAAUGUAAAGUUGGGCAAUUUGACCUACUCGACAUCUUCCGAGUCUCUCGCAACACUCCAGGGUAUUAAUCUAGCUAGAUUACGGUCUCUGCUUCUGUUUCAUCUAGUGGCCAGACUGGAGUAGCAAACGACAAUGUUUUUAAUUUUUACACAAUAUUUACAUUGAGGACUUACUCGCGACUACUCUAGUAUUUUACUCUGCUCAGUUUAUUUGUUUUUUUUUUUUUUUUCAUAAAAAAUUGAAUUUAAACGAAAGAUUGCACAAACUGAGUCGCGGAAACUCGCGGUGACGGCAUCAGUAUUUCGUAAAAUUUAAAUUUAAACCGCUUGAGGCGACACUUGAAUUAAUUAUUUUUGAGGUAAUGAGCAAUUGCAAUUUAAAAAAAAAUUAUGAGCAAUCGUGAUAUAUAUAUUUAAUUAUUGCCAUUGGUCUGUCUUUCCGCAUGAUGAAAUGAAUUUUUGUUUGAAUAAAAAAAAAUGUUGAGUUUUUUUUUUUUUAUUUUUACGGGACUUUCUUUUGGUUAUUCCUUAAUAGAAGUGUCCUGCACUGGGGUAAUGAGUGGAAAAAAUAACGAGGAAAUUGACUAAGUCGCGGGUUUUGACGACAACGAACCGUGGAAUCGUGAAUUGCGGUCAAGUUGUCGUAAAAGUUUGUCCCUCAGUGCAAUUUAGAGUUUUUUCUUGUGUAUCAUAACCAACUAACGAUAACCGCAAGGAGCGCGUGGCCUACGAUUUGCGGUACUCGUGGUACCGUACUUACAAGUUACAAGUAACGAGUCACGGUACGAAAAUUCAACAAAAUUUUAAAUAAAAUUUUUUUCCGACCAAAUCGCGGGCCAUUUAAAUUCAAAUUUUUUUUAAAAUUGCGUUCUGAUAAAUUUUAAAAAUUUCAAAAUUUCCCGGUUGUUGAUUCAAAGCAUCGAUACAAAGACAAUACAAAAUACACUUUUUUUAUCUUAUCCAAGCCGUUCAACUAUAAUUAUUAUUCUUAUUAUUAUUUUGACUCUUAUCGAUUAGCAAAGCUAUAGUUCCAUGAAAAUAUAACACCGAAUACAAAGAAGCAAAUUUAGUAAUAAUAAUAAUAAUGAUGAUGAUGAUAAGGUUUGAAAAAAUUGGAAGCACGAAUUCGAUUGCGCAAAAUAUCAAUUCGAAGAUAAAAAAAAAAGAAAAAGAAAAAUAUGAGUAACGAUAAAGCCGGUUGUAACAUUGUAACAUUAAGUAUAAACUAUAAACGUAUGAAAGGAAGGAAUACAUUAUAAUAUGUAACGAGAGCGUAUAUAUAUAUAUAUUAUAUUUUGCGCCGCUUAUUUCCUUGCGCCCUUUAACAAUCGUUUACGCCUUCUGUUCCCGAGUAAACGUUUCCCCUUUUUUAGUCAGCGGACUGUCGAUAAUAUAUAUACAUAUAUGUAUAUAUAUUAGUCUAGGAUCCUCAUAUAUUUAUAAAAAUAGUAAAAAAAAUAAUUCGCAUGGUAAAGAGUAAAAAUAAUUAAGAUCUAAGGAGAUCUAUAUACAUUUCAGUAGAUCUAUUGAUAUCAAGAGACGUUACGUUAAGAAGAAAUGGAAUUUUUAAGAUCUGAUCAGAUCUUUUUAGAUCUGAAUUAUUUUCUACCGGUUGUUAAAAAAAUUCAAGAUCUAAGAUCUAUAUAAAUUUGAGUAGAUCUAUUGAUAUCAAGAGAUCUUAAGAAACACAUGUUUUUAAGAUCUUGUCAGAUCUCAUUAGAUCUAAAUUAUUUUCUAUCAGUUAUUAAAAGAAAUUUGAGAUCUAAGAUAUAUAUAGAUCUGAGUAGAUAUAUUGAUAUCAUGAGAUAUUAAGAAACACAUGUUUUUAAGAUCUUAUCAGAUCUCAUUAGAUCUAAAUUAUUUUCUAUCGGUUAUCAAAAGAAAUUUGAGAUCUAAGAUCUAUAUAGAUCUGAGUAGAUAUAUUGAUAUCAUGAGAUGAUAAGAAACACAUGAAGUUUUCCAGAUCUGAUCAUAACUCAGAUCUGAAUUAUUUUCAACCGGUUGUAAAAAAAAUUAAGAUCUAAGGAGAUCUAUAUAAAUUUCAUUAGAUCUACUGAUAUCGAUUAAGAUCUACAGUUUGAAAAAAAAUAGAUCUCAGAUCUGAAUUAUUUUUUUUUCGAUACAGAAAAAAAAAUUGAGAUCUAUGUAAAUUUCCAUAGAUCUGUAAAUGUCAGUAAAAAACAUAGAUCUAUGUGAAUUUGAUAAGAUCUCAGAUCUGAAAUAUUCAGAUCCCGAUUAUAAAAAAAAACGAACUUGCAAGAUCAGCAUGUAGAAAUUUAUUUCUAGAAUAACUUGCGUCGAUCUUAUAAACAUUGAAUUUGAAUACUAAUUAAAAUAAUAUUAAAAAAAAAAAAAAAAUUGUAAAUAAGGUUGCAGGUGAUUUGGAUCCGACCCUCUCCCACCUCGAUCCCUGAUACCUUUUCCCCAGUUUAUUUUGUUAUCUGUCGUAAGUGAAUCUGUGUAAAAUAUAAAAGUUUAUUAAUAUAAAUAAUUAAAAAAUAAAAAAAAAUUUUGUGAUGUAAGAUUGUAAAGAAAUAAAAUUAUAAAAUAACAUUAUGAAUUUAUAUAACAGCUAAGUGGUUACAGUUAAGUUAUUAUUGAUUAAUUAAUUAUAUUGAUAUAAAUAUGAAUAUAAAUAUAAAUAUAAAUAAAGGUAAAGAUACUGUGUGCUUGCGAAGCGAUGGUUAUUUAUAUAAACCGAGUUAAGUGUAUACAUAUAACAAAAGUUGUCUAUUAUAUUAUAUGUAAAACUAAAUUAGAGUCAUGUCCUCGUCCCUGAAAUAAACUCCCAUCCUCGUCCUUAAUCCUCUCCAAGUCCUGUAGCUAAUAAAUAUAUUAUAAAUUAUAAAUUUAAAAUGAAAAAUGAUAAAAACUAAAUACCUUAAU